UGUGAAAGCCACUUUAUAGAUAGCAGGGAUUAUUGUUAUUAUGUUAAUUUGCGGCUGAUGAAAAGAGAUAAAUAUAAGUAUAAACAAACAAUAAAUUAUGAUUCAUAUUCACAUUUCCUUUAUUUUUUUAUUGGGCGAGGUAGAAUUGCAAAUAGCAGUGAAUCUAAUGGUUGCGAGAAAUUGAAAGUAUAAAUACACACUGCAAGAAUGUCAGUGAAACUCUUACAUUUUCUAACAGUGUCUGUUUACUUGAACUAUAUCGGUGGUGAAGUGUUCUUUUAUCAACCAGAACAAAUCCACAUAGCUUACGGAGAUGAUAUCUAUGAGAUAGUGAUAACCUGGUCAACUUUCAAUGACACUCAAAACUCUGUUGUGGAAUAUGGAAUUGGGGGUUUGAUACUGAGAGAAGAAGGCACAUCGAAGACGUUUGUCGACGGAGGUGUUGCAAAACACACCCAGUACAUUCACAGGGUUACCCUCAGAAAUCUCACGCCUGAUAGCGAAUAUGUGUACCAUUGUGGAAGUGAUUUGGGAUGGUCCAAUCUUUUCAACUUCAAAACAGCUCCCAAUAGAUCUGACUGGCAACCCCACCUAGCUAUUUAUGGUGAUAUGGGCAAUGAAAAUGCUCAGUCGCUUGUGAGACUGCAAGAAGAAACUCAAAGGGGGCUCUACGAUGCAAUUUUGCAUGUGGGAGAUUUUGCAUAUGAUUUGGAUACUAACAAUGCAGAAAUAGGAGAUGCGUUCAUGAGACAGAUCGAAUCCAUUGCAGCAUAUCUACCCUACAUGACCUGUCCUGGUAAUCACGAAGAGGCAUACAAUUUCAGUAACUACAGAGAACGCUUCAGCAUGCCAAGAGGAUCGCAGUCCUAUAUGUACAGCAUAAACAUAGGCCCUUUGCACAUAAUAUCCAUUUCAACUGAAGUGUACUACUUCUUAAAUUACGGCAUAAAACCGCUAGUUUUUCAAUACCAAUGGCUCGAGGAUGAUUUGAUAAAGGCAAACCUGCCGGAGAAUAGGGAAAAGCAACCUUGGAUCAUCGUAAUGGGACACCGACCCAUGUACUGUUCGAAUAAUGACGACGAUGAUUGCACAAACCACGAAACCCAGACCAGAGUAGGGAUGCCGUUCUUCAAGUUUUUUGGGCUCGAAGACUUGCUGUACAACUAUGGUGUAGACCUGGAGAUCUGGGCGCACGAGCAUUCCUAUGAGAGACUGUGGCCCAUCUACAACUAUACCGUCUACAAUGGGAGUUACGAGGCGCCCUACGUCAAUCCAAAGGCUCCCGUACAGUUCACGACUGGUUCGGCAGGAUGCAGAGAGGGCAGAGACGAGUUUUCGUACAAACCGCCUUGGUCAGCAUUCCGCAGCAAUGAUUAUGGUUAUACUAGGCUGAAGGCCUACAAUAGCACUCACUUACACUUGGAGCAGGUUUCUGACGACAAAGCAGGUGAAGUUGUCGACUCCUUCUGGCUGGUGAAGGAUCGUCACGGGCCUUAUCCGAUGUCGAAGAUGAACUGGGCCAAAGUGGAUAAGAUCAGACUGAAGUACAUGGGUCUCUAGUGCUGGGUGUAAAGAAUUAUUUUUAAUAGUCUAAGUGAUAUUUGUGUUUGAUAUAAAUCUUUAGUAGUUGAAGCAUUUGAUGUUUUAGUGGGGUACUUCAAAGCUCAGCACUAGGGCGUUUCCAUAUAUAUGUAUCAAAUAGACUUGCUCAAAAUAUAAACGAACAAAAGUUAUGGGGAAUAAUACAUUUUUUGUACACUUUGCUGUGAUAGAUUAAAGUUUUUACAUUUCUGAA